AUGAGGAGGACUGGUCCCGGGGAUCCUCCAAAGAUUACGGAGCGCCCGAGGAACCAAGCGGUGAAGGCGGGCGGAACCGCAGCUUUCUACUGCGAUGCCCGCGGUGAUCCAGAACCGACCAUCGUCUGGAGGAAGAACGGCAAGAAGGUGUCCUCCACCCAGUCCAGGUACCUUGUCCAGUCCUACCCCGGAGGAUCCAUGCUCAGGAUCGAGCCCGUCAAGCAGGGCAGGGACGAUGCUACCUACGAGUGUGUAGCGGAGAACGGAGUAGGGGAUGCCGUGUCGGCUGAAGCGACCCUCAAUGUCUAUGAAGAAACUUUUAAAAUCGGUUUAAAAUUGAAACUUCCGACUUUGGUGUUUUUGUUGAAUUCUCCUAUCAACUUUCCGUUCUCCUCAACAAAGUAUCUGGCGGAUUCAAUAAAUUCGGGCAGCCUCGAUGGCAGACAGGUCGAUGGAGGGAACUGGAAUUAUGUUCCAGCGCUGAUUGAUGCUGGUGAUGAAGCGGCUACCACAACUGGCUCUCGUGGCCUCCUGUUCGCAUUAUCAAUUUGUGCCCUCUACCUCAUCAAAUAAUACAAACACCAUUCACGGCCCAGUAUUAUAUUACAAACAUAAAAUUGCUGUAAAGUAUUUUCGACUGUUUAUUCAACGUUUCUAUUUUUUUUAAGUUGACAAUGGGCACCACUAGCAC